AUGGAGUUUUGGCAGUGCCUUCUUGUCGUCUGCUGCAUGGUUGUUGAGGUCAAAGGUCAUGGCUCACACCAUGGAGUCCAACAACCCACCAGUUUUGGGGACCCGAAUGUUAUUGGGGGCGAGGAACAUCUGAAACAGCACAUGCAAGGGGAGAUAAACACAGAUAAAACAAUGACAGCAGAAGAGAUGGAGUUCCAUUACUUCAGGUUGCACGAUACGAAUAACGACACGAUGCUUGAUGGCCUUGAACUGUUGAAAGCCUUGAGCCACAUGUUACCUCCGAUGGAUUUCUCACCCCAUGAGAUCAGCGGGAAGACAGCAGUCGAAGUGGAGCACAUGAAGAAUGAGAGAACUAGAGAGAUGAUGAAUAAUUACGUCCAAAUCAUUGACAACGUCCUGGCAAUGGAUGACAAAGACCAAAAUGGAUAUCUGACAUACGCCGAAUACGUCAUCGCCAGAAAAAGAGACGCCAAGAAAAUGAAAGAGGUGCAGGCCCGGAUGUUGAAAGAGGCAGCCUUGGCCAAAGAGCAGAUGCUGAACAAACAACAACAGCCCUACAACACGGGGCUGUAA